AUGCCCGCUAAAACGGCCUCUAAGGCGACAGAUUCUUCAAAGAACAAAGGGAAUAGAAAUUUUGUCGACGACUACCUCGCCGAUUGGGACGACGACCCGUUCCGGUCUCUGAGCCCCGAACCCGCAAAACAAGAUGCUGAGAAGGGAAAGAAGAAGGAUGUCCUGGGUGUUGACACAGAGCUGGACCUGAAGAAGAAACCAAGAGUUCCGCGAGUAAAACUUGACGACGCUCGCCUACUUUCGGACAAGGGGAUACCAAAGCUCCGAAAGACGGCGCCAAGGUUGAAACUCAAGGGGAAAGGCCACGAGUUCUCGGACGCUGCUCGCCUCCUCUCCUUCUACCAAGAAUGGCUCGACGACCUCUUUCCAAAAGCCACCUUCCUCGAUGCAUUGGCCAUGGUGGAGAAGACCGGCCACAAAACGACGAUUCGCAAUGAGCGACUGAAAUGGAUUGACGAGAGCAAGCCCAAGGUAGCUGACCCGUUCGACGACGAGGACAAUCGCAUCCACACUUCUGAUACCCGGCAAGGGGAAGGGGUCGCGCCAAUUUUUGAGAACGCCGCGGCAGCUGGCCGGGACCGAGCGAAAUCCCCAGGCGGGGACAGCCUUUUCGGGGACGACAUCUACAGUGCGACACCAAGGCGGAAUGCGUCCGGUGCCGCACCGCCUGGCGAGGUGGUGGAUAGUGGUAUCCCAGACGACGAUGAUUUAGACGCGUUGAUGGCCGAAGCUGAGGCGGAUUCUGGACCCUCCCGGCCGGCUGGGAGCAUAUUUGGGAACGGGGGCCCAAGGGCUGUGGUGCCUGCCACCGGGGGGGUACCGGAUGACGACGAUUUUGAUGCGUUAAUGGCCGAGGCGGAAGCAGAGGAGGCGUCACGGCCACCUGCUGGCAAGCCAACUCCGUCCACUGAGGGAGCAAGUAUAUUUGGGAACGGCUUACCCAAGCAGCAAGCAGCACCAGCGCCCGAGGACGAUUACGAUGACCUGGACGCUUUGAUGGCCGAAGUGGAAGCAGAGAGGGAGAUGCGGCCUGUGGCACAAACUCAGAAGCUGCCGUCACAAACAACCGCUGCGAAGCCUGCGACUGAGCCGGCUAAGAAAUCCUCGGAUUUCGAGGACGGUGACGACCUUGAUACACUUAUGGCGGAAGCCGAGGCGGAGGGGGGGAGCACCCCCGACGCCGGGGAAAGCCCAUCAGUCCCAGCCAACACGGCACCCCAAACAGCGUCUAAUAACGACGAGGCGGAAAUGGAUGGUUGUGGUAAAGCGCAGGUGCCGCCGAAUAUAUGA